CGCAGGGAGGACGGCGCGGAAUACGGCAGGCCGUGGCUGGAAUUAAGCACAGCGACGCCGCGGGUGAGGAGAAGCGGAGGUGGGCUUUGCUCGCGGGGAAGAAGUUGAUGCGUUUGGCGGGACGGAGUUCAAAUAACAGGGAUCAAGAUAGUAUGGAAGAUUCUGAAGGGGUCUUGUCUAUUCUGAGAGAAGCCAUCCUAUUUGAAUCGUAUCCUAAUCAGAGCGCUGCAAAGAACCUGGUACAACAUCUGAGAACCUUGGUGGCUUUAACUGACCCAGAGGAUGGAAUACUGUUUCAGACUCCAGAUGGCUUUAAACUCCCCAGGCAGCUGGAAAACCUAAUUGGCUGCAGCAAGGUCUAAGACAAGUUAGUAUAAGCAAGCAACUGCCCAAAUAUGGGUGAUGAAGGUGCAGGUGAACCUUUCAUGGGUAUAGUGGCUGGCGGGGCCACCGAUUACGAGGGUGUCCUUCCUUCAGACACAAUUUCGCUGAGUGAUUCAGAUUCAGAUGACUUUGGGUUUCCAGGCGAUGCUGAAGUUGAUACUGUAUCUCCUGAGGAAUCCCUUCCCUCUGAUGAUGUGGGUUGUAGGUCAGAUGAAAGCGGUGACCCUUUACACAGCAACCAAAAAUCACCUGUGCAGCCAUUUCACCUGAAAGGCAUGAGUUCAAGCUUUUCCCAGCGCAGCCAGAGCAUUUUUGACUGUCUGGAAGGGGCAGCCAAACGAGCAGUGCCCUCAAUGGCCGAAGAUAAUGUAAUUGAUGGAAGAUUUAAGCGGCCUCUGCCUCCACCCAACAUUUCAAGCAAGAUUGCUUCAGAAAGCCUUGGAAGACAAAGCAAGCCACCGCCAGCUCAUAAAAGUUCUCCAGCAGUUCCUGAUUAUGUUGCUCACCCAGAACGCUGGACCAAGUACAGCUUGGAUGAUGUUUCAGAGUCCAGCGAUAAGACCAACAGGUCAGUUGCCAUGGAGUUCCUGGAGGGCUUGAAGAAGACUAGAGGGGAACAGAGGUCAGCCUCUCCUGAAAACUACACCCCAUCCUUCAAUCAGGAUCCCUCCAGUUCUGGUGCUGGAAGGAUUGUCUUUACCAAACCCACAAAAGCAGGCUCAGAUAGGAAAAGAGCUGCUGCCAAGGAGGAUGAAGAAGACAAGCUUAGUGAUGCAAACCAAGAACCCAAAGAGAACCCUCCAAAGAAGCCUAAGACUCAGAACAAGGAGGAGGGUGUACUAGACCCUUUAGAUAUAAAGGAAGCAGAGGAUUGGAAACAACCAAAACUGGAGGAGUUAAGUGUUCAAAGAGGAUCUGGCAUAGAUUCUUCUCAGGCAGAUGAAGAGACAGUGGUGGGGACCAUGGGAUUCCAUGGUAGCAAGAAAAGGAAUAGGAAGCAUUUCAGACCCAAAGCCAGCAAUGAUGAAGAGGAGGAAGAGUCAUAAAGCUGGAUAAAUUAUAGCGUUUUCUAAGAAGUGUUUCCCUAAAAUUAUUUUUUUUGUUGUUUGCAUGCGUUUUGGCUACUUGCUUGCUUGCUUGGAGCUGUGACUUAGAUAUAUUUUAGCAUUCCAUUUACUGAUUCCAUGAUGUCCCUCUGUGUUGUAGUAUCAAUACUAGACAAAAUUUUAGUUUGCAGUGGUGCAGUAAUGUCUGCAAAUACUCUGCUUGUAAAGGAUCAUCUCGUGGUUGUUGUUGUUUUUCACUUUUGGAACAAACCUUACAACUGCAUACCCCUCCAGAUUUUGUUGAGCUACUGUUUUGUUUAGUGCUUUGUGUAAAAUCUUUUGACUGGUAUCCCAUCUCUGAGUACUGGCAAAAUAUGCCAAGAUGCAUCCAAAUGUACUUGCUUGAUCAAACAAAGGUUUAGUCCAAGCCCACACCUUUCCACACUGCCAAUGAAAAUAAAAGCACAGUAAGUAACAAGCUAUAUGCUGCAGAAGCACUGAAAAUGGGAAGUGUCUGCAUGCUGUAAAAUGCAGCAUGGAUGUUCCCUUGUUUCUAUAUAGCAUUGUGCUUGUUAGCAACAAAUUAGGAUCAUGGAAGCAAAGCUUGCAGCGAACAUGCACACAUUUUUUAAAAGAUAGAAAAGGUAGAGCCAACAAGACCAGAAUAAGACUUCAUUGGAUUAUGAAAUAUGAAGAAUGAUCUCAGCACUGAAUAUCCACUACUUCCGUCCUUUGCAACUGUGAUGUUUCUGUCUGCAUAUCCAAAAGCUGCUCCCUAAAGUAAAGUGAUUUCAUAACAAAUUAACUGGAUUUGUUUGGGAAUUAAAGGACUUAAAGUGGACUCUUUAACAGACCUACUAUGCGAUCCUUUUCAUAUUAUCCUUGGUGUCAAUAAAAAAUUUAAUUGCUG